AUGGAGAAUGAACUAACAAAACGUGAUCAUGUUGGUGUACAGGACUUUGUGCUUCUGGAAGAUUUUCAGAAUCCAGAUGCAUUCAGGGAAAAUCUGAAAAAGAGGUUCUCUGAAAACCUCAUCUACACAUACAUUGGUCCUGUGUUGGUAUCUGUCAAUCCUUAUAAAGUACUUGACAUUUACAACAAAGAUAUUAUUGAAAGCUAUCGAAAUGUCAACUUUUAUGAACUUCCUCCACAUAUAUUUGCAAUUGCUGAUGCUGCUUACCGUUCGAUGCGAGGCGAGAACCGUGAUCAAUGUGUACUGAUUUCUGGUGAAUCCGGUGCUGGCAAGACAGAAGCAUCAAAGAAAUUGCUUCACUACAUAGCAGCCAGCAGCACCCACUCAUCUGAAGUAGAGAGGGUCAAAGACCGUCUUCUCAAAUCCAACCCUGUCUUGGAGGCUUUUGGAAAUGCCAAAACAAACCGUAAUGACAAUUCGAGUAGGUUUGGAAAAUUCAUGGACAUACAGUUUGACUACAAGGGAGCUCCAGUUGGAGGUCACAUCUUGAAUUAUCUUUUAGAAAAGUCACGUGUUGUCCAACAUGCAACAGGGGAACGCAAUUUUCAUAUUUUCUACCAACUUUUGUGCAGCAGAAACCAUGAUCUGCUAGAGAGAGUAAACUUGGCUGCCGAUCCCAACCAAUACCAUUAUUUGCGCCAGGGCCAAAGCAUCAGUGUUGCAUCUGUAAAUGACAAAGAGAAUUUUGAAGAAAUAUGCCAAGCUAUGAAGAUAUGUGAUUUCUCCAGUACAGAGCAAGAGUCUCUGUUUGCCAUUGUCGCUGCUGUUCUUCACUUAGGAAAUAUAACUCAUGUUGAAGAUCAAGGAGUCGCAAAACUUUCUCACAAUGGACAUGAAACAUAUGUGGCUGAUCUUUUGGGUUGUCCAAAAGAGCAGUUGAUUACAGCUUUAGAAAAUCGAACAAUUGAUGUGAGGCAAGAAAAGAUGAAAACUCCUUUGAAUUCUGAACAAGCAAUUUAUGUGCGGGAUGCCCUUGCCAAAGGAAUUUAUGAUCGACUGUUUACCUGGAUUGUAAAAAAAAUUAAUUCAUCUCUUGCAACACCAUCAAAAGAAAGAUGUACCUUGCUUGGCCUACUUGACAUUUAUGGUUUUGAAAUCUUCGAGAGCAAUGGAUUUGAGCAAUUUUGUAUUAAUUAUUGUAAUGAAAAAUUACAGCAACUUUUUAUUGAGUUGACGUUGAAAUCAGAGCAGGACGAAUAUCAAAGGGAGGGAAUUGAGUGGGAACCUGUCCAGUUUUUCAAUAACAAAGUAAUCUGUGAUUUGGUUGAAGGUAAACCUAUUGGAAUUAUAGCUAUUAUGGAUGAAGAAUGUGUCCGGCCUGGAGAGCCAACAGAUCUGACAUUUUUAGACAAAUUAUCUCAGACCCACUCCGCCCAUGCUCAUUUUAUUUCUCAUUUAUCUGCUGACACUGCCACAAGGAAAACAAUUGAAAGGGAUCAAUUUCGUUUGAUCCACUAUGCUGGCGAAGUUACUUACAAUGUCCUUGGCUUUUUGGAUAAAAACAAUGAUUUAUUAUAUAGAGACUUGAAAGAGGUGAUGGUUGCAGCUACAAAUUCUAUCAUAGCCCAAUGUUUCAAUAAAGAAGAACUCAACAGUAAGAAACGCCCAGAAACAGCAGCUACACAGUUCAAGAUGAGUUUAAAUCAAUUGAUGGAAAUUCUAAUGUCCAAGGAACCAUCUUAUGUUCGCUGUAUCAAGCCAAACAAAUUCCAACGUGCCAAUUUAUUUGAUGAUCAAAUUGUUAGCCACCAAGUCAAGUAUUUGGGUCUGAUGGAGAAUUUACGGGUACGCAGAGCUGGUUUUGCUUACAGAAGACCUUAUGAAGUUUUCUUAAAAAGAUACAAAUGCUUAUGUCCAACAACAUGGCCAACUUUCAAAGGAUCAGCCAAGGAAGGUGUUCGAUGCCUUGUCACUCAUCUUCAGUAUGAAGAUGAUGACUAUAGACUUGGAAAGACAAAACUUUUUAUUCGAUUUCCGCGAGUACUGUUUGCCACUGAAGAUGCUUUCCAGCAACGUAAAAAUAUCCUGGCCACCCAAAUCCAAGCCAAAUUCAAAGCCUACAGGCAAAAGAAAAUUUAUGAAAAUUUACGGUUUAUGACUAUUAUAAUUCAAUGUUGGUUACGAAGAUACCUUGCAAAGAAAUUGUUAGAACGACGAAGGAAAGCUGUUUUUAUCAUUCGAAAAUUUAUCAAGGGAUUUAUUCACCGCAAAAAGCCAGCCUGUGAAGAUAAUCGGGACUUUAUUCAGUACACAAAGUAUAAUUACCUUUUUAAUCUCAAGACCAAACUGCCAAAAAAUGUCUUGGACAAAUCCUGGCCAAAUUGCCCAGAGCUUCUACAAAAUACUUCUUCGUUACUUUGCAAAUUAUGCAUGAAAAAUAUGGUGCUGAAAUAUUGCAAGAACAUAACCACAGAGAGAAAAGUUCAGUUUGAUGAAAAGGUGAUUGCUGAGCGAAUAUUUCGUGGAAAAAAGGAGUCCUAUCCAUUUAGCAUUAAAGAAUUCUUUGUCAAAGAUCGACUUGCCUCUCACCAUGAAGCCAUGAUGAAACCUUUCAUCAAUGAAUCAAUAAACAAAGAAGAAAUUCUGUAUUCAACUCCUGUAAUGAAAUAUGACCGACAUGGCUACAAGUCACGUAAUCGGAUCUUGAUAGUGUCUGACCAAGCGCUCUAUGUACUGAAUGAAAAAGAUUUCAAAGUGAAAGAUAAGAUAACCUAUUCCCAGUUGAAACGUGUCAUGGUAAGCCCUUUGACAGAUGGAAUAUUUGUUGCCAUUGUAUCAACUGAAGAGAAUGGUACCAAGGGAGACUUGAUCCUACAGAGUGAUUACUUAAUUGAAGCUUUAACAAAAAUUGUCAUUGCAAGCAAUAAAAGUGAUUUGAUAACAAUUGCUGAUGGAGACAGGUCUUUUUUUUCUUUUAUGUUUGCUUCUUUUUUUUUUUUUUUCUUUCGAACAUGCAAUUUUUUUCUUUUUCUUUUUUUCUUCUUUUCUUUCUUUUUUCUUUUUUUUUUUUUUUUUUUUUUUUUUUUCUUUUUUUUUCUUCUUCUUUUUUUUUCUUUUUUUUUUUUUUUUUUUUUUUUUUUCUUUUUUUUACUUCUUUUUUUUUCUUUUUUUUUUUUUCUUUCUUCUUCUUUUUUUUUUUCUUUUUUCUUUCUUCUUCUUUUCUUUUUUUUUUUUUUUUCUUUUUUUUUUUCUUUUUUUCUUUCUUCUUUUCUUCUUUUUUUCUUCUUCUUCUUCUUUCUUUUUCUUCUUCUUUUUUUCUUUCUUCUUCUUCUUUUUUUUCUUUUUCUUUUCUUUUUUUUCUUUCUUCUUUUUUUCUUUUUCUUUUUCUUUUCUUUUUCUUUCUUUUCUUUUUUUCUUCUUCUUUUUUUUUCUUUUCUUUUUUUCUUUCUUCUUCUUCUUUCUUUUUUCUUCUUUUUUUUUUCUUCUUUUUUCUUUCUUCGUUUUUUUUCUUCUUUCUUCUUUUUUUUCUUUCUUCUUCUUUUUUUUUUCUUUUUUUUUUCUUUUUUCUUUUUUCUUUUUUCUUCUUUUCUUUUUUCUUUUUUUUUUCUUCUUCUUUUCUUUUUCUUUUCUUUCUUUUCUUUUUCUUUCUUCUUCUUCUUCUUUUCUUUUUUCUUCUUCUUCUUUCUUUCUUCUAAUCUCAUCACCCAUGAUCUGUCAAGUGGGAAGAAAGGAACUAUUCAAUUCUCAAAGGGUGACAUUUAUGCUGUGAAGAAAAAUAAAGCCGGAACUCUCAUUGUGACUGCUCCACCAUUAUAA